AUGAGGAUUAGGGACGCUCAAGAAACUCAAUCGCGUCCCCUGCCCGCGUUUUCCCAGGAAGAGGAGACGAACGGGGGCCCGAUCCAACCUCCCUACUACCAGGAAGCACGCCGCCGGGCGCCCGCGGCUGAGCGGGUGGCCAGCCAUACACCACGGAGACGCUACUCUCCCCGCCGAAGCCCCUCUAGGCGCAGGAGCCCCUCCCCGACUCGGGACAGGACGCACAACCGCCCCAGGUCCAGCAACGCGCUUGUCACCUAUCCAGCGCCGAUCGGAGGUCCCCUGUCCCCUGAGAUUAUGGCAUUUCCUUUCCCUCAUGGGUGGGCACGACCCAAAGUGAAGCUCUACGAGCGAGACACCGACCCGCAGGAACACGUGAACUUCUUCGUGGGCGCAAUGCAGUAUGCUGGGGUCAGCGACCCUUUGUACUGCAGAUGCUUCCCCAUGAGCCUUGGAAAAGGACCCAUGAACUGGUUCCAGAACUUACCGAGCAACUCGUUGCACGACUGGAACGGGGUCGUGACCUGCUUUUUAGCCCAAUACCCCUCGGUGCGCAGCAUACCGAAGACCGCGCAAACUUUGGCUUUAGUUAAGCAGAAAGAGAAGGAAUCUCUGAAGGCAUUUCUCAAUCGGUUCAACAAAGAGGCCAGCGAUAUCACCGGUCUCCUCCCCGACGCUAGGUUGGUCCUGGCUACCGCAGCCCUUGCACCAGGACCGUUCCUGACCUCGCUGGACGGCAAGCCAGCCAACACUCUAGAGGAAUUUCUAGCUCGAGCAGAGAAAUUCAUAAACAUGGAGGAUGCCGUGACCCUAAGAGCCGCGAGUCAGACGCUCGCAAUCAAAGGACCGCAGAAGAUGAAGGAACAUAAGGACCAGCCUUCGACCCGGGAGUCCCGACGGAAGGGUCAGGAUGAACGGAAGUCGAAGCGGAAGAAGUAUGAUAGUUAUACCCCACUGAACUCCUCCCUCUCACGUAUCCUGAAGGAGAAAGCCUCCACCGACCUCAGAGACCGCCCACCCCCACUCCUUACGAGAGGGGACAAGCUGGAUUCCAAGAGAUUCUGUGAGUUCCACGACAGCCCGGGCCACAACACUGACGAGUGCCUGAACCUCAAGGACAAGGUGGAGGAACUAAUCAGAGCAGGAAGGCUGUCCAGGUAUGUAGCUGUGUCGACGGGGGCCCUCCCGCGCCCGCGCUCGCCACCCCCAAGGCGGACACCGACCCCUCCAAGACACCGAGACCGGACUCCUCCCAGGCGCCGAUUGGCAGAACGUCGAGACAGGACUCCACCGCGUCGCCAAAGCCCCGAGCGUCGCCGGAGCCCCGAGCGUCGCGGACGAAGCCGAGAACGGAGAAGAAGCCCCGACCGCCACGGCCGGGAUGAAGUCAGAAGACAACAUGGAAGCAAUCUAGUCAACGUCGGUUCAAUAGCAGGAGGAUGGGCCGCAGGCGGGCCCACCAACAACAGCCGGAAGAGGAGUACCCGCGUCAUCAUGUCCGCGGCUGGAAGGCCCCGACCCGGGUCCCUCCACCCCCCAAGGCAGAAGGUGGCCAUAACCUUCACGGAGGACGAUUACGGCGAGGACACCGGCGAAGAAGAUGACCCCAUCGUCAUUGAAGCCCUGAUCGACAACGGUAAGAUCCGAAGGAUACUCAUCGAUACAGGUAGUUCUGCUGACAUUAUGUUUUAUGAUGCUUACAAGAGCUUAGGGCUAUCAGUGAAGGAUCUGCUCCCCUACGACCAUGAUUUGGUCGGGUUCACAGGGGACAGAGUCCUACCCUUAGGAUAUUUUGAUACUUGCCUUUCCUUGGGAGAUCACAGAAUUUGCAGGACUAUAAAAGCUCGCUUUCUGGUGGUGGAGUGUCCAACGGCGUACAACGCCAUUCUUGGCAGGCCAAGCCUCAACGCUUUCAGGGCGAUCAUAUCCACCCACCACCUAAUGCUGAAGUACCCCUGGGCUGGAAGGGCGGUACCAGUACGCGGAAACCUAGAAAUGGCAAGGAGCUGCUACAACUCCAGCUGCAGGCUGACCAGGGAGGAAAAGAAGAGAAAGAAGUCCAAAGCGCACGACCAGCAUGGCAACUUUCAUGUUCUACACACCAAUCUCGUGACCGACCUUGACCCCCGCGUGGACCAGUCUAGAGACGAUCAACGCCUCAAACCCGACGAGUAG